UCACAUAGUCAAACAUUAACAUGUGAAUGCACACAAAUAUCAAUCAACUAUGAAAAAUUUAUUCAAGUCCAAUAUACACUACAUCAAAUAUGUCAUAGUGACUUUGUUACACAAAAUUGGAUCAAUUAUGUUGACGAGUCCCCUGGAAGCUAUAGUGUAACUAUAUUUGAUUUCCGAUCGUCAGGUUCAUCUGCAUUUCAAACUAUGAGCACAUUUUGCGCACUAGUCGAUCAAACAAUAUCGAAUAGUUUAAUCCAAUUCUAUACAAAUCAAUUUGUAAGUGCAUCUGUAACACCUUCAAACUUAUUUAAACUACAAACUGAUGCAUUUAUAUCUCAAUUUAAAUCAGCAACAAGAAAUGAAUUUUUAUUAUCACUUGCUAUGAUACGAAACACAACUCAAGGUAACAGCUUAUUCAGUGGUGAACUAACUAAUUACAAGCUUUCUGAAUCGGAAGUUGUUAUGCUUCGAAUACCAAGGUCGUACGGUAAUUGUUCGUGUACUUCUUCGGGCACCUGCAUUAUGCAAUAUCCAAUUUAUAAAUUAGUCGCAAAUUACAAUUUAUUAUUCUCUGUUCCGGGCCUUUAUACAGGAUGUUAUAUAAUUGAAUCACUACUUCAGUCUGAUCUGCAAUGUUUUUAUAAUCAAACCUGCAUCAAUAAACUACAAUCAUAUUUUCAAGUAUCUUCAUUUAUGAAUGUGACAGCUCUUGAUAUAUCAUUGUCGAUUCAGUUUUUGGAAAACUCAACAAUCGCAGAUAUUCUUGAUAAAUUAAUGGUUGAAGAAUGGAUUAAUUCAAGCAUAAUUCAAUGUGCGAGUAUUAAUCUAAUUCGAUAUCAUGCAAAUUUAUAUCGAUGUGGAGAAAUUAUUAUUGAUGAAGAUCUUAUCCGACCAUUGUAUUCUUAUUUCAGUUCUAUGAGACAAGAUGAAUAUCGAAAUAAAAAUAAUUUGUAUUCAAUAUUGCAUUCAUUGGCACGUAUUGAAACUGCAUGUCGUACAGCAUAUUUAACGUCAAAGGAAGAAAUGAAACGUCCAUCUAUUACUCUUUAUUUUGUGUUGUUUAAUCAACAAAUAACAACUCAAAUAGCAGGUGCCCAUAUUGAUUCGAUUGUUGACUAUGAAAUUGAUGAGCAGCUGAGUUCAAUUCAGUUUAAUAAUAUUUCGAAUGGAACUGGUUUUAAUAAAAACUCGACUGCAAAAAAACCCUUAUUUAUUCAAGGAGAAAAAUUAAUAGAAGAUGAUGUGAUUGAACUAAACGUUGGUGGUCAAAGAAUAACAACAUCACGCUCAACUCUAACUGCUGUACCUAAAUCGAAAUUAGCAUUGAUGUUUAUGAAGAAUAAUACAAAUGCACAUAAAUCACGAGAUAAUCAAGGUGUAAUAUUUUUCGAUUAUAAUCCCGAUCAAUUUAACUAUUUACUUGAUCAAUUGCGAGCAAUUAAGCGUAAAUCACAAAUAUCUGUCUAUGAUAUUCUUAUUGAAGCACCAAAAACUGAUACACGAUUAAAUUUUUCACUUAUGCUUUCCGAUUUUGGACUAGGUCCUGAACAAUUUUUGUCUCCUCGCACAGGUGCUCAUCUAAACUUGGAUAUAAAUUCUUUGGUUGGAUGGCAAGAAUGUUAUCGAAGCACAUAUCAUAUACCAUUUGAUGUAAUGGAAUUUUCAAGGAAUUGCAAAAGUACAAGAUUUCUAGUCGCAUGUACUCCUACUGAUAACAAGGCAACUUUAAAGUUAGCUGGUGUAGGCUAUAGUAAAACUAUCUUACGGGAAUGUUCUCAAAAGAAUUAUUGUGCAACUGAAAUAAAAAAUGGUACAGGUUUUUACUAUGUGGAUGAUCAAGCCUGGGGAUUCGAAGGGCGUACUGAAGAUUCCGGCUCGUCGUAUAAUGGUCAGUAUUCCAUGCAUCAUGGCGUGUCACAAACUACGGUCAAUUUGAAUCCUUGUGAUACUAGUGAUCAAAAUAGUAAAUAUCGAUUAUGUUGGUCACUUCGUUCUAGUAUCAAUCGUGGAGGUGGUGAUAGAUGUGGAGACGUAAAAAAUCUUCAUAGUGCAUCGAAUUGGCAACGUAUUAUCUAUCAAGCUGUCUAA